ACAAUAGUAUACAAAGGUCAAACAUCAUUUCAUCGAUAAUUUUUGAAGCAGUUCAGGUAAUGAAACUGGAAGAGUAGUGUCGACCCUUAUCCACUCUUCUGUCUUCUGUUCUGCUGGUGGGCAAAUCAUCCAAAGCUUUAAUUCAAAGAUCUUCUUUCGCGAAUCCAACUUCCAAAAUCUCAACUUUACAUAAUGCUUUCAAAUUCAAUGUUCAUUGCUUCUUCUGUGUUUUCGCCACCACCUUCCACCCUCUUUGGUUCCCACAAGAUUUGUUCUUCCUUCAAAACCAUCUCAAAACAAAGCCACGUAUUUCUCCACAGGAACCCCUUUUUCCUGCACCACUUGAAUUUGGGUUCAAAAAGGGCACUCUCUUCAGUUUGCUUCUCCAACGCUGGAGACAAGGAAUCGGGAUUGGAAUGGCCUAUUCUGAGGCGAUGGGAGGUGCCUUGGGAAUGGCAAACAGUUUCAUUGACCUCCCUUGCUUGUGGAUUGGGUUUUGUGUUGACAGGUUUGACUGAAGCAAUUGCUCUUCCAUAUCUUGGGAUCAAACUUGAUGUGCUAAGUUUAGAUGAUAAGGCAGAGAUACUUUUGUUAGAUCAGGGAAUAACAACUGCUGUUAUACUUGGAAUCAUAUAUAGUGUUGCCAACACUUUCCAGCCACUUCCUGAAGACUUGUUCAAAUACGAUUUGAGGGAACCUUUCAAUCUUCAAAAGGGUUGGCUUUUUUGGGCUGGGGUUGGACUUGUUAGUGCCAUAAUUGCCAUUGCAUUGACCGGAGUUGCCGUGUCUUUCUUCAGUGGAGAAACCCCACAAAGAGAGACUGAUGCUCUUGUUCGCUUGCUUCCAUUAAUUGGAUCUUCAAAUCUAAGUACUGUCUGCUUAGUGGGCAUCACAGGUGUUCUUGCUCCACUCCUUGAGGAGACUGUAUUUAGAGGAUUUUUUAUGACUUCUCUGACUAAGUGGGUUCCUACACCAGUUGCUGUUGUCAUUAGCGCCAGUGUGUUUGCCCUUGCACAUCUCACUCCUGGAGAAUUUCCACAGUUGUUUGUUCUAGGGACUGCUUUGGGGUUUUCAUAUGCUCAAACUCACAACCUUCUCACUCCAAUCACUAUCCAUGCCUUCUGGAAUUCGGGAGUGAUAUUAUUUCUUACUUUUCUGCAGCUUCAAGGGUACGAUAUCAGAGAAUUGUUGCAGGCAACUUGAUGGAAGCAUUCUCUUCCUUUCGUGAAUGUAGAGCAUCAUGUACAGUAUAAAAUACAAAUCCAUUUCUUGCUUAUCUUCUCCCAUUCCCUGUUGUAAAACAUAAUCAGAUUUUUGCUUCAAACAGUGAAGGAAAAUUUAUUU